AGUGCAACACCAGUCUACAAUCGUUCGUGUAGGAGGCUCCCGAGAAAUAUGGGAUGGUUUAACCUAGUUUGGAGCACGUAUUCCGAUGAAAGAUUCAAGAAAACGUUUAGGAUCUCACGUACAACAUUCCAGUUUAUACUGCAACGAAUCAGACAUGUUCUAGAUAGAGAUACUGUGACCGAAGAGCCGAUAUCCCCAGAAUUCAGGUUGGCCAUUGCUCUGUAUCGUUUAUCAAGGGGAGAUUACUAUUAUACGAUAGCAGAAAUGACAGGACUGGGGGUGUCAACCGUGUGUACGAUCGUCAAUGAAGUCACACGCGCAAUUGUGGACAACUUGUGGGACGAAUGUGUUGGUCAGCAACUGCCAAAGAGUGAGGAACAAUUUAAGGAGAAGAUAGUUGAUAUGGAGGAACAGUGGCAAUUUUGUUGUUGUUGGGCUGCAGUUGAUGGAUGCCAUUUUACCUAUCAAAUGCCCGCCUGGGAAUUUUUCUUGUAAGGAAUACCACAACUUCAAAGACUUCUAUUCAAUAGUGUUAAUGGCAAUGGUGGACUCCAACUACAGAUUUGUUUGGGGAACCUGUGGUUUUCCAGGCAAUUCUCAUGACGCUGUAAUAUUUCAAUCAACAAAGCUGUACUCUGAUAUAAAAGAAGGCACCUUUAUUCCUCAGAUAAGUAAGGAUGUCAAUGGAGUACAAGUACCUCCAGUUGUACUUGGAGAUUCUGCUUUUCCUUUAUCUUCUUGGCUUAUGAAGCCAUACACAAAUGCAGUCUCAACACCAAAACAG